GACUCGCUGGCUGUCUUUGAUCACUCGCACUCACACAGAGUUACAGUAGUUGAGUUGAGUUGAGUUGCAGACCCAAAAUGCAUUCGAAUCACUUGCUUCUCGAAGAGCCGAUCAGAAUGGCCUCCAUUCUCGAGCCCUCUAAGCCUACAUUCUUUCCUGCACUGACAAAGAUAGUUGGAACACUCGGUCCAAAUUCCCGAUCCGUUGAGAUAAUCUCCGCUUGCCUGGAGGCAGGAAUGUCUGUGGCACGGUUUGACUUCUCAUGGGGAGAUGCUGCAUUUCACCAAGAGACACUGGAAAAUCUGAAAGUUGCCAUUAAGCGUACCAAGAAGCUGUGUGCAGUUAUGCUGGACACAGUGGGUCCAGAGUUGCUGGUAGUGAAUAAAACUCGGUGCCCCAUUCCUCUUCAGGCAGAGACCCUGGUUGUCCUAACACCUGAUCAAGACAAAGAUGCCACUUCAAAUCUCUUACCCAUAAACUUUAGUGGACUGGCAAAGGCAGUGCAUAAAGGUGACACCAUUUUUAUUGGUCAAUACCUCUUUACAGGAAGUGAAAAUACUUCUGUAUGGCUGGAGGUCACGGAGGUUAGUGGUGAAGAUGUGGUUUGUCUCAUAAAGAAUUCUGCUACCUUGGCAGGGUCUCUGUAUACUUUGCAUGUCUCCCAAAUUCGUAUUGAUCUGCCUACACUUACCGAUAUAGAUAAGGAGGUCAUAAGAACGUGGGGUGUUCGUAACAAUAUUGACUUCCUCUCAUUGUCAUAUACCCGUCAUGCUGAAGAUAUUCGCCAUGCUCGCGCAUUUCUUUCGAAGUUAGGGGACAUGAACCAAACUCAGAUUUUUGCUAAAAUUGAAAAUGUUGAGGGAUUAAAACAUUUUGAUGAAAUCUUACAAGAAGCUGAUGGAGUUAUCCUCGCUCGCGGAAAUUUGGGGAUUGAUCUUCCACCUGAGAAGGUGUUCUUGUUUCAAAAGGCUGCUGUGUACAAGUGCAACAUGGCUGGAAAGCCAGUAGUGGUGACUCGAGUUGUUGACAGUAUGACUGACAACCUAAGACCUACUCGUGCUGAAGCAACUGAUGUUGCCAAUGCAGUACUAGAUGGAAGUGAUGCAAUUCUUCUAGGUGCAGAGACCCUGCGGGGUUUGUACCCUGUUGAAACCAUCUCCAUUGUUGGAAAGAUCUGUGCUGAGGCUGAGAAAGUUUUCAACCAAGAUCUGUAUUUUAAGAGGGCUGUCAAAUAUAUUGGAGAGCCAAUGACCCACUUGGAAUCUAUUACUUCCUCUGCGGUACGUGCAGCCAUUAAGGUGAAGGCCUCAGUGAUUAUAUGUUUCACUUCAUCUGGAAGAGCUGCAAGGUUGAUCUCAAAGUACAGACCAACAAUGCCUGUGCUUUCCGUUGUCAUCCCUCGGGUUAAGACAAAUCAACUCCGAUGGACAUUUUCUGGUGCUUAUGAGGCAAGGCAAUCACUUAUUGUCAGAGGUCUUUUCCCAAUGCUUGCAGAUCCUCGGCAUCCUGCCGAGAAAACAGGUAUAGCAAAUGAGUCAAUUCUAAAGGUCGCUUUGGAUUAUGGCAGAGCCUCUGGUGUCAUAAAGCCUCAUGAUCGUGUUGUAGUUUGCCAGAAAGUUGGUGAUGCAUCUGUUGUGAAGAUAAUUGAGCUGGAAGACUAAUAUUAAUCAAUGAACCUAUCAUUAUGCAUCUACAAGUGUUGUUCUAGUUUCUCUCGUUUGUACCACCUUGCUUUACCUGAACAGUUUUUGUAUGUAUAAGAAACUCUACGCCUGCUGGAUUUUUGACUGUCCUGUACUCUGGAAUUUUACUCUGAUUUGCUUUGUUUGAGCUUGUGGUAGCCUAUUUGGUACGCAUUUUGUAUUUUGUGUACAAUACUAAAGUGUUUCCUCCUCAUCCUCUAAAAUAAAUACAAUUAAAACAAGUUUGAGAAGC